AUGCCAAGUGGGCAAUCCUGCCUCCGUAUCCUCAGCCUGCUUCUCGAACAGGGACGCGAUCAUCUCAUCGACCGGUUUUACGAAGCGAACAUGUUCGACGCCCACCUCCCGCACAGCGGACACGACCAGAACCUCCGAGAACAGCUAGCCGCAGUCGUACACCCUAAGGAAGUGGAGAAUAUCAUGGGGGCUUUUCACAAAGAGAAGUGGAAGUUCUGUCCCCUGCCUCUGACUUGGGACAUGCAUGUCAAUCUGCAUGGGACGAAAGUGAUACCCCCAUUCUGUUCGAAGAUCAAGCUCUUAGAUAAGGGAGGCACUGCGUCGAUAUACUGGGUGGCAGUGCAAAAGGAUCUUGUCUCUGAUAACACGCUUGCACUGGCCUUGCAAGACUCACUUUACGUAGACAAGGAGUUUGGACAGUGUUAUCAGAUGGUGCUCAAAUCCUACGGCAGUGAUAGGAAGCGAGAUUUCGAGCUAGAGAAGGAAGCAUUCUUGGGCCUGCAGUCGAGCGACGAAGUUCCUAUACUGCGAUACUUGGGCUCAUACACUCAUGACUAUGGCGAGGGUGAGGAUGUGGGGAAAACAUACAAUCUCUUGUUGGAGUAUGGCGAAAAUGACUUGUACCAAGCAUGGGCCGACGAGACUAACGUCCCUCCUGUACAAGCGCAGGAGAUACUUCAACACUGGAAAUCGCUCUUCAAAGUCGCCGACGCCAUCCGUCACGUUCAUCACCUCGAAGUUGUGCGGAAUAUCAAACCCGACAAUGUUCUCAGCGUGCGCGGACGAUUGAAGCUGGCUGACUUUGGCUUCGCCAGCUUCGCGCCUGUGGUGGAUGGGCACGAAGACUCUGUACCAACAGAGUUAAUAAGGCUUGACAGGGGGUUCACUGACACAUAUGGUGCGCCUGAAGUAUCUCGUAUGAGGCACCCGGACGGAACCUUGUCCGGUGUGACGCAAGCUAUUGACGCCUGGUCGUUCGGUUGUGUGCUAUCGGUCGCUGCAACGUGGAUAGUCCUUGGAUUCCAAGGUCUUCGCCAAUACGACCGACUUCGACGACUAUCCCCAGCGAACAACAAGAACGGGCAGAGAUCGGACCGGUUCCAUGACGGCGAAAGUGUCCUGCCGGAGAUUGAAAAGUGGCACAAUUACCUUCGUGGACAUCUUCGGCUCUCAGAUACGACAACGGAGAAGGUUCUAGGUAUAAUAGAGAGCAAGCUACUGCGAGCAAAUCCAGCGACACGAUCCAGUUUAGAGGAGCUCUGCGUGGAGCUGCAAGAACUGAGCGAUUGGGCUCAACAUAAGAUCCAAAAGCUUCCACGACGCUCCAAAGACACAGAUUCCUUAGUCAUGCGUGCUCUUUCGAGCAUAGAGGAAGAAGCUCAGAUACAGAGGACCUCUGAGCCGAAGAACAAUCCCCUACAACCACCGCUGGCGCAAGUAAACCCUCGAGAGCGGGCGUCAAUGCAGGUAAAAAUGGAAGAGAUGAUCAGAAACAAGCCACUCGGUCAGACAGCGCAUCGCAUGCAAAUCCUAGAGGAAAAGCUCGGAGAUUGUCACAACCAAGAGGUGAUUAGCGAGCCGCUACUCAUGAACGCUGUGCACAACGGUGCUGUCACAGAAAGUCCCAUUGAUUCUACUCUCUCAAAGGAACUACAAUUUGGUGGUCGCCAGAUUAGGCCCAGAAAUCCGCAGUUUAAAGCAUAUGCCCAAAGACUGUCAGAUCUAGAGCCCCAGACACCGAAUGGCGUACAUACGUCUCGGCAAACCGAGGGCCCCGCGACACCGCCAUCAUCGUCUCGUCGCCGGAACAAAGUACCCGGUCCUGGCACUGGGCCUCAUAGCGAUGAUUCCUUCACAACAAAGUCACACAGCGAUCUUUUCGAGGUCGAUGUACCUGGCAGCGGUAACUCGGGAAGACUCAAUCUGCAUAUCCCACAAGCAGAUUCGCCCUCCCCGAAGUACUGCAACAAUCCCAUGGCCGAUAAAGAGACAUAUCCAACAGGGUCUCCUCCACUCACACCCAUCAAUUUUGCUCGUGAACGUAAUAUCAACCACAACGCUACCUCAUCCAUGGACAACGCCGUGAAUCGCCGGAGUCACAAAGGAGACGCCCCUGCCGUAUUCAAUACGAUUCCCACAAAUCCUUCCUUUGACGACAAACUCGUAGAAGAGCUCAGAGUUGGGGCCUCGGGUCCAAUUGAGACUUUUGGCAACUCUGGCCCGUCAAUAAUAGUUUCGCCAACCGGAGGUGCUCAAUUCUCACACUACCAACCGGUGACACCCAGCUCAUCCACUCACUUUCCCGAGAAGGAAGCUCUGCACAACCUCACGUCUUCGACCCCUUACGAAACUUCUGCUUUUCCACUUCCUCUGUCUGCACUGGAAUUGCCCUACGACAUUUGCUUGAAAAGAAAGGCUAUGGAAGAGCAGGUCUCGAAGGGGGUCGCAAAAGGCCUUGCAAAAUUGAAGGGUACAUUGGGCCUUGAAACCAGAUCGCGAGAUGCUAGCAUUAAAGACACGUUCAUUGACCCGCGUGAGCUUAUUUUAGUUAUCGAUAACGGGUGGACAAUGUGCAAGCACUGGCCGAUCGUGACGUUCGUCGCACAAACGCUCGCAAUGAACGCCGCUGGCCUAGAUAGGGAUGGAUUCGACGUCAAGUUCACGGUUGAUGGUCGCACCCAUGACCAGCAGCGCCUAAAAGGAGAUUGGGGUCGGAAGAAGCUGAAGAAAGCCUUGAAGGCAGCGUGGCCAGAACAGAAACCGAACGAUAACGCCACUACAGACAUGGCGCGGAUUUUCCAAACCAUCUCUGAAGAAUGGAAGCAAGCCGGCAAACCAGCUACAACACUUCUCGUACUGACUGACGGCGUCUGGUCAAAUGAGAAAACCGCUACCUUUGAUAAGAUCAUCCUCGAUAUCGCGCGAUUGGAACAACGACCCGGAGGUAGCCGUCACUUCAGCAUUCAGUUCAUUCGAUUUGACGAUGGACUGCCGGAGAAGAUUCGUCUACAGUGGUUAGACGACCAUUUGUGCGCCAAGAACGGAUUGAAGGACAUCAUCGAUCACUGCUCGUGGCGAGCGAACGUCGAAAAGCUCUUAACGGGUAGCAUUGAGGUUUUUGCUGACAACCACAACUCUGUUGAUCCACCCAUGCGGUACGACUACGAAGAGCUCGCUGGUCUGUUCAAUACCUUUAACAAGGGAGGCGACUCCCUGCUUUCACCAACCGGUACUCCAUCUCGGAUGCCCUCACGGGCAUCGAAACGCUCGUCGAUCUCCAAUUCAGAUGACUGGACUAGAAGAGGUUGA